GCUGGGGGAACAGGAAACCCAGCCGUGAAACGCACAGAAACCCAGCCAUGGAGCUGCCGGAUCCGGUCCGCCUGCGGCUGGGAAACUUCAGCCGGACAAUGUUCCAGGACUCAAACCGGACAGGCCCCGAGUACAACGAAGGUCCGGAUAAUGAAAUGGUUUCCAGUUUGGCAUUGCAAAUGUCACUUUAUUUUAAUGCUUACUUUUUCCCACUUUGGUGGGUGAGCAGCAUUAUAAUGCUUCAAGUGAAGUAUCCAAUUUUGCCUGAUUACUACAAAUUCAUUGUUGUCACCGUUAUCAUCCUAAUAACCUUAAUUGAAGCUAUCAGGUUAUAUCUGGGCUACAUGGGUAACCUACAGGAAAAGGUUCCUGAGUUGGCUGGCUUUUGGCUUUUGAGCCUUCUAUUGCAGUUGCCUUUAAUUCUUUUCUUGCUCUUUAAUGAAGGCCUAAUGAAUCUGCCCUUGGAAAAGGCAGUACACAUCAUCUUCACUAUGUUCCUUACUUUCCAAGUUGUUUCAGCAUUUCUUACCUUGAGGAAAAUGGUAAAUCAGUUGGCAACUCGUUUCCACCUCCAAGACUUUGACAGGCUCUCUGCAAAUAGAGGAGCUGUGAGAACAAUGAGAUCCUGUAUAGAAGAGAUUUAACCCAGUGCUGUUUAGUGAAGAUCUGAAAGGUCAUUCUCAAAGACUGCAAGAGUUAGGAAAACAUCAGAGAUCUAGCAUGAGAAAAAGGACAAUGCAAGUGCUUGGAACUGCAUACUCUCCAGCAAUGAAAUGCAAAGGUAGAGGGUGAUGACAGACUGUACCGUGCAAGAAAGCAGUAAGUCAACGCUGAAGCCUAGGUGUUUUCCACCGAUGCCAAAUAUCUUAAUUUUUUGGUUGUUGUUGACUUUCUCAGGUGUGUAGAACGCUGUGUUGAUGGUUAGUUUAUCAUCUUCACAGCAAUAUUUCUCCUUAGUAUCUACCACAUUUCUAGUUAGAAAUGUGUGUAUUCCUUUUAAACUUGUAGCUAUCCAUGUCUUAGCACAUGGAAAUGCUUAUCAAUAUUGUGGUAUAUUAGACUAUAUUUGUAAACCAAGACACCAAAUUUUCAUGUAUGCUAGGGUUAAAUUAUAACCCUAAUCUCAGCUGUUACCCUGAGGUUAAGAA